CUCGAACAGUUGCCGAUCUAUCCUUUCUUUCUCUUCUCUGUAGAAGGAAUCUUCCUGAUUUCUCAGCGAAACCUAAAUAUAUAUAUAUAUAUAUAUAUAUAAAUUGAACAUUAAAAAAAGAAGAAAGAGAGAAGAAGAAGAAUGGGAACGAGGACGAAUUUAUACAAGAACCCUUCCAUCUCUUACAAAAAAGACUUCAGUCUCUCUUCUGUUCUUCAAAACCUCCAAGCUUAUAACGCCGCAACUGGUAAUGCCUCUGUGAUCGAAGAGCAAAAGUACAGUGAUGAAGAGCAUGAUAGGCGGAGCUCGAAAAAGUCCGGUCAUAAACGCCGCUCGACGGAAAAUUCACGGCCUGAGAAAUUCCGUAACGUCGAAGAGUAUGGUGGACCGAUGUCACACCAGGAUUACAUAGAUAAGAGAAGGAAGGAAGUGAGCUUAUCUCAAUCUUAUGAGACAUUAACUACUGAUGUAUUGGCAGCUUCUAGCUCAGUUUUAAAUCUGGUGAACUAUGGAAGCGAUGAAAGUACUUCAGAAUCUGAAGAGGAGGAUCCCCAACAUUCUGGUAGCACAAAUGAAGUUGAUCAGGUUAAGACCAGAAGCGAGCAACGGUUUCCUGUCCAUGGAGAACCUGUUUGUGUGGUAUGUGGGAAAUAUGGAGAAUAUAUAUGUGAUGAGACUGAUGAUGAUAUCUGCAGUCUGGAAUGCAAGGAUGAACUUCUUCGAAGUCUUGCUAAGUGCAAGCAAAGCAACCAAAAGCCAGAUGUUCCCCCAUUUGCAGCCAAAUGUGCCUUACCAAUGCCUGAACUUCAGGAGGAUACUUGGGACUAUAACCACAAUCGAUGGUCCAAAAAGAAAUCUAGUCUUUGUGCUUACAAGUGUUGGAAGUGUCAGAAGGCUGGUCACCUUGCAGAAGAUUGUUUGCUGACAAAAUGUAGCCAGGAGGUAGAAGGGCAGAAAAGGAAUCUCAUAUCCAAAGAUCUUCUUGGACUUUACAGAAGAUGCCAUCAGAUAGGUAAAAAUUUGUCAACAGCAAACUGCAAUGCCUGCCACAGUUCUGUAAGCUUGGCAACAUGCCUUCAUUGUAGUGCUGUCCUUUGUGACAAUGCAGGUCAUUUGGAUGAACAUAUAAGGACCCAUCCAUCCCAUCAGCAAUAUUACUCUCAUAAACUUAAACGUUUGGUGAAAUGCUGUAAAUCAACAUGCAAGGUGACGAACAUCAGGGAUCUUAUGGCUUGCCAUCACUGUUUAGAUAAAGCUUUUGACAAGUUCUAUGAUAUGCAUACUGCAACUUGGAAAGGAGCUGGAUUGUCAAUUAUCAGUGGUUCUAUUUGUUGCGAAGAUCACUUUGAGUGGCAUAGGAUGAAUUGCUUGAACGUUGACGUAGAAGACACAUCACAUAUCAUCAAUAAGAAUGCCAAGAAGAACGACGAAUAUGUUCAACUUAAUGACUUGAUUUUCUGAUAGGAUCAUCUUUGAUUCGCACAAUCUCAUUUGGAGAUGGUACAUACGUUAAAGGAAGGAAAACUUCGUUUUUGGUAUUUCAAAGCAUGUAAAAGAUGGAAGCUUAUCUGUAUUAAUCUGAUCUCAGUUUACUCAAAUUGCAUUUGGGAUUUUAGGAUUUGCUCAAAUUGAAUAUUCACCCAUCAUUAUACAUCAAUUAAUCAUCAUAAAAUGGGCUCCUUGUAACCUUUUCCAGGUUUAUUAUCAAUAUAUGACUGAUUGCAAUUAGGCCAA